UAGCAGUUGCUUCCUUGCCCCAAUGAGUAGUAACUUUGAUUCUCGUCAAGAAUGUUUGGAGAUAGCUAUGGAGGUACACCAAGUUGUUCCACCGCCUCACAUGAGCACUUUCAAUAAACUCAAGAAUAGAUUCAAAGAAACGUUCUUUCCUGAUGACCCUUUACGCCAAUUCAAGGGUAAAUCCACCAAAACUAAAUGGAUUCUUGGAGCUCAGUACAUUUUUCCCAUACUUCAGUGGGGUCCUAAUUAUGAUCUCAAGUUGCUCAAGUCUGAUAUUGUUUCUGGUCUCACCAUUGCUAGUCUUGCCAUUCCUCAGGGCAUUAGCUAUGCUAAGUUGGCAAGCUUGCCACCAAUUGUUGGACUAUAUUCAAGUUUUGUUCCACCACUCAUAUAUGCUGUUCUUGGAAGCUCAAGAGAUCUUGCAGUUGGUCCAGUUUCAAUUGCUUCUCUCAUUAUGGGAUCAAUGCUGAGACAAGAAGUUUCUCCAGCCACAGACCCUCUCUUGUUUCUUCAGCUUGCCUUUUCUUCAACUUUCUUUGCUGGUCUUUUCCAAGCCUCUUUAGGCUUCCUAAGACUCGGUUUCAUCAUUGACUUUCUGUCAAAAGCAACACUGAUUGGGUUCAUGGCUGGAGCUGCAAUCAUAGUUUCUCUUCAACAACUUAAAAGCCUUCUUGGCAUAACAAAUUUCACCAACCAAAUGGGCAUAGUUCCUGUCUUGAGUUCUGUUUUCCACAGGACAAAUGAGUGGUCAUGGCAAACAAUACUAAUGGGCUUCAGUUUCCUGGCGUUCCUUCUUCUCACACGACAUAUUGGUAUUAAAAAACCAAAGCUAUUUUGGGUGUCAGCUGGAGCUCCUCUUGUCUCAGUAAUUCUUGCAACUCUAGUGGUUUUUGCAUCAAAAGCUCAACACCAUGGCAUCAGUGUAAUUGGGAAGUUACAAGAAGGAUUAAAUCCUCCUUCAUGGAAUAUGUUGCAUUUUCAUGGAAGCCACUUGGGACUAGUAAUGAAAACUGGACUCAUCACCGGAAUCAUUUCGCUUACUGAAGGAAUUGCUGUUGGAAGGACUUUUGCAGCUCUAAAGAACUAUCAGGUGGAUGGGAACAAGGAGAUGAUUGCCAUUGGAGUCAUGAAUAUAGUUGGCUCAUCCACUUCAUGCUACGUUACAACUGGUGCUUUCUCUAGGUCAGCUGUGAAUCAUAAUGCUGGAUGCAAAACUGCAGCUUCAAACAUUAUAAUGGCUGUAACUCUUAUGGUCACACUCCUCUUCCUCAUGCCACUCUUCCAAUACACCCCAAAUGUUAUAUUAGGAGCCAUCAUUGUCACAGCUGUUGUCGGCCUUAUUGAUAUCCCUGCUGCUUAUCAAACUUGGAAGGUUGACAAAUUCGAUUUCAUCGUACUGCUUUGUGCCUUCUUGGGAGUUCUUUUCAUCUCUGUGCAGGGCGGGCUUGCAAUUGCAGUGGGAAUAUCCAUUUUCAGGGUCCUCCUCCAAAUUACCAGGCCAAAGACUGUGAUGCUGGGAAAUAUACCAGGCACAGAUAUUUACCGCAAUCUUCAUCAAUACAAAGAUGCUGUCAGAAUUCCUGGCUUUCUCAUUCUAAGCAUUGAAGCACCAAUUAACUUCGCCAAUACAACUUAUCUCAAGGAACGGAUUACAAGAUGGACAGAAGAUUAUGAAGGAGAAGUAGAGAAAACCAAGAAGCAAUCUGGACUGAGAUUUUUAGUCAUUGAUUUAUCUGCUGUUAGUGCCAUUGAUACAAGUGGAAUCUCAUUCUUCAAGGAAUUGAGAAUGGUACUAGAAAAGAAAGGCAUAGAGCUGGUAUUGGUUAAUCCUCUUGGAGAAGUAAUGGAGAAAUUGCAACGAGCAGAAGAUGGACAUGAACUUGCAAAACCAGACAGCCUUUUCUUGACAGUCGGAGAAGCUGUAGCUUCGCUUUCAUCAGCAUUUAAGUGCCAAUCAUCAAAUUAUGUAUGAUGAGUGGUCUUUUGCCCUGCAAUAAGUUUCAAGCUCAUAGCAGAGAAAAGCGAAAAAAAAAAUGUUGUAUAAACUUGGUGAACCAUCUCUUCUAAUAGUUCAAUACAAGCAAUUUUGCU